CAUUUUUAGUUGUCAAUUGGCUUUGGCAAAAGCAAAAUGUGUUCAUUGGUGUCGGCAAGCAGGAAUUUCUUUUCCACGUCUCGUGUGUCUGGGCAACAGCAAAUCCGUCAUUGACUCGCAUCAGAAAAUUGUAACAAUAAAUAAAAAAGUGCAGUCUAUUCUAUCGAUUUUACUUUCGUUUCGAAGAGCCCCUCUACCCCCACCAUCGUGCGUACAUGUACCUGUGUGAGUGUGUUUACGAGCGUAUUGGCUAGUUUGUGCGUGGAAAACAAUGAAAUGUAGAAUAAAAAAUAAAAUGCAAUCCGUUUAUUUACCCCUUCAAACUGUGCGAAUUGUUCGUCAGUGAAAGUGAAUUGACUUUUAUCGAAAACGAUUUUGAACGGUGCUCCGCUUUGAUUUGAGUUCCAGACUGGCCGAAAGUGCGGCAAUACUCUACGCGAGGACUGUGCUUGUGUUCGUGUAACGGUUAACCUUUAUAAAUGUAAGGUUAUGCGAAGGCCAACGGCUGUUCGAAAUCAAGUUCAACAACAAUGGCCUGCGAAAGUGAAUACGAGGAAAACGUCGACAAUCUCCGAAAGCUAUUCAAAGCAAAUAACAUAGUGUCCUUCAACAUACAACACAUCCAGUGCAGUGCCGGCAGUAGUUCCGGUGACAAUUAUAUGUCAGUUGUGAAACGCAUUCAAAUUCGAGGUCAUCAUAAUUGUGAUAAUUACAGAGAUUCAAACUUCAUGUCAGUCAUUAUAAAGCGGCAAAUACCAAGCUUAUCUCGACGCCAACUUUAUCGCUGCGAUGAAGCAUUCUGCAAUGAGAUCAUGGCUUAUAAUCAUGUGAUCCCACUGCUGGACCGAUACAUGUCCGAGAGCGUAUUUCCAAAAUGUUUCUAUGCUGGUCACGAUGAUGUCGGGGAAAUAAUAGUUUUAGAGGAUUUAAAGGAAAUAGGAUACCGCAUGCAAAACCGACUUACCGGCUUGGAUUUGAAUUUUUGCGAAUUGGUCAUGAAGCAAUUGGCGAAAUUUCACGCGGCCUCGAUAGCAGCACAACGUUUAGACAAUGCAAUGUUUCGUGAUAAAUGUAAACAGGUUUGCGAGAUCGUAUAUUGUAAAGAAGCCGAGGAGUUCUACAAGAACAUAUUGGAGACCUCCAUACAAGAGUCAUUGAACAGUUUGCGAUCAUCGAAUGUGGACGGAUGUCUGACGGAGCCAAUUCGAUUAAUAGAAAAGCUGCAGUACAAGUUAUUUGCCAAGAUCCAAUGUUACAUCACAAAUCCACCGGACCACAUGAGCGUUAUGUGUCACGGAGAUUUGUGGAUGAACAAUAUUAUGUUUACAACGACGUCCUCUUCCAGAGAUUCAAGCAACAAAAGUAUAACUGACGACGCCGACUGUCAACAAAACGGAGCUAAGGCGGCAAAUCGUGUGCCGAGCGAUGUUAAAUUUUUCGAUCUUCAAGCUAUGCGAUUUGCCUCGCCGGUGUUCGACAUAUUACAUUUCAUCUAUACCAGUACGAAACGAGACUUGAGGGAUUUAUACACAACACAUUUGCUUGAAAUAUAUGCGUUGGCUUUAUCGUCGAAUCUCGAAGAACAGUUUACACACUCCAGCUCGGACCUCGAUUCACUCCGGGAUACCUAUUCACUGCCCAACAUUACCACUGAAUACUACAAGCAUGUGCUGUACGGUCUGGCCAUCUGCAUGUGGAUAUUGCCUGCUGUAACCUUCGACCCCAACAACAUCCCAAAUCUAGACGCCAUCAGUGAAAUGAAUAGAAGUGCCAAGGAAAUCAAGUGUACACAGAAAUUAACCCCAGAAUAUCAUUCCCGUCUGAGGGAUUUGGCUUUGGAAUUCUAUCAGAAUGGCUAUUUAAAUUUAUCUCAUAUUGAUGACCAAUAAUGGUUUAAUAAAAAAAUGAUUUUAUAAAACACGUUAUUUAAAUUGACAAUUCCUUUGAUUACAUGUCUUUUUAAAGCGGAAUCUUCGCGAAACCCCUAAUUAAGGCUCUCUUACAAAUAAUAAAUCCUAAAUAUUCCAAGAUUCGAUUCCAGCGUAUACGUCAAAUCGAGUUAGCAGUUGAAAUCCACCGAUUUAUUGUGCGUGGACGGCGUUUAUGACAUGAUUACAUGUUUCAUCGUGACAAUCUUCAGAUACUGGACCCGGCAUUAAAUUAAUACACACCACUGAGAUGUACACUGUUUUGUUAAUUUUCGUUAAAGUAACAUUCUAUUAAAAUCUACCAGAUGAUUACAACUUUUUGUCUGCCCAUUUUGUGUAUGUAUUUAUUGUUUUGAAAAAAAAAAAAAAAAAAAAACAAAAUAAUUUAAAAA